AUGACGUCUCUGUCUCAGGCUUCAAUUUGCGAUGCUUUGCGGUGCGUUCUGUAGCCUCUCAAUCAAUUCAGUGUUACAUUACAUUUCAAUCGUACCCAAUGCAUCUUACCUUUAGCGUACGUCUCCCUUUUCGUCGUUGUAUAUUAUCAUUAUUAUUGCGAUCUCCCUAUGAUUCAUUGUAAAAAAAAAGCCCCAUAGCUGAAUGACAUUGCAAGCCAGAGCUCGAAAUCAGAAAUACAGCCUGUUUUACAAGGAAAAUGGUUGCCAGUAAAUCAAAGAAUACCAGUGGACAAAGAGUCAAAACAAAAAUACAAACAAACAAACAAAAAGCUCGCCGAUGUGACACCAAUUCCCAAAAAGAAACCUAUAAACGACUUGAAGAAAGAUCUGCAUCCGAUCUCUUUGGCACCUUGUGUUUCUAAGAUUGCGGAGGACUUUGUCAUCUGUGAUCAUGUCAAGCCAACAGCACCGAAGUACCAGACGACAACCAAUUUGGCGCAGUUCUGA